AUGUCAUUUAAUAAUAUUAAUAAACCUUCUACAGAAGGUGGAAAUGUAUGGAGUGCAGGCUCUCGUGGGUCACGUGGUGGUUUUGCUCAUUCAGAUGAUGAUAAUAAUGGCGUCAGAGGAGGUGGAUCAUAUCGAAAUAAUUAUUCAAGACGUGGUGGUUAUGGAUUUCGACAUAAUAAUAAUAAUGAUGAAGAGGAAGAAAUAGAAAUACUUAAGGAGGCAAUAUUUAUUCAAAAUUUACCAAAAAAUAUUACUCGAGAUGAUAUUCAAGAAGCUUUUUCAACUGUAGGACCAAUAAAAACGGAUGAACGAUCAGGUGGUCCUAAAAUUUGGAUUUAUAAAGAUCGUAUGACUGGUGAAGGCAAUGGUCGAGCUACGGUUACUUAUGAAGAUGAAGAAACUGCUACUAAAGCUAUUGCAGAAUAUAAUGAUCAACAUAUAAGUUCAAUAAAUUCUGUUGUACGUGUUCAACUUGCACAACGUCGUAUUCGUAAUAAUGAUAAUAAUGAUCGUGGUGGUUUUUAUAAUAAUCGAGGUUAUCGUGGUGGUCGAAAUAAUUGGAAUAAUAAUCAAUCUGGUUCAGGUUUUAAUUCAGGUGGUAAUAAUCGUUGGAUUAAUAGCAGAGGUAGUGGUUUUCGUGGUAGAGGAAGUGGCGAUCGUGGCGGCGGUUCAUAUCGUGGAAGUCGAGGAAAUUCAUAUCGUGGUUCAAACCGUGGUUAUGACAAUUCAUCAAAUUAUUGA